AUGGCAAAAACGACGUCGUUGCUUGUCUGUGCACUCUGCCUCUUUGCUACUCUAUCUCUUAUCCAGGCAAAGAAACCGAAGGAGGAUUUGAAGGAAGUGACUCAGAAGGUUUUCUUUGAUGUCGAGAUUGAUGGAAAGGCUGCAGGUCGUAUUGUAAUUGGACUUUUUGGGAAGGCAGUUCCAAAAACUGCAGAAAACUUCCGAGCUCUUUGCACAGGGGAAAAGGGAGUUGGUAAAAGUGGAAAGCCUCUUCAUUACAAAGGUAGCUCAUUCCAUAGGAUUAUACCUAGCUUUAUGAUCCAAGGAGGUGAUUUUACACACGGCAAUGGUAUGGGCGGAGAAUCAAUUUACGGAGAGAAGUUUGCCGAUGAGAACUUCAAGCUAAAGCAUACCGGACCAGGAUUUUUAUCAAUGGCAAAUGCUGGUCCUGAUACCAAUGGUUCACAAUUUUUCAUUACAACUGUGACAACUAGCUGGUUGGAUGGAAGGCAUGUUGUUUUUGGAAAGGUGCUUUCAGGAAUGGAUGUUGUUUACAAGGUCGAAGCCGAAGGAAGUCAAAGUGGAACUCCCAAGAGCAAGGUUGUGAUCGCUGACAGCGGUGAACUACCUCUGUAA